AAAAAAAACCAUGAACCCCCUUCGAAAGGGCCUGCAAAACUUGUUGGUUUUCUUCGUCUAGGCUAUAAUUUCUUCACAACCAGAUGAGUUUCUUGAGAAUUGAAAAGGUUCUAAGGCAGAAAUCUUGGUAAUUUGUUCUGAUUUUUCCUUAGGAGAUAUGGAUUGGUUCUUUCGAGACAGGGUUAAGGAGUUAAUUUCUCCCUCUCAGCCAUUCUUUCUUCCUUUGCGACCACCCCCACCUCCUACUGUUCAAUCUGGUGGUUUUGAUCAGGAUAACAAGAUUAGCCCAAGUAUUUUACUUAUCAUUAUAAUUCUUGCUAUCAUUUUCUUCAUCUCUGGUUUAUUACAUCUCCUUGUCAGAUUCCUGCUGAGAACUCCUAGCAGAGAUCCAGUAGAAUCAGAACAUGCUACUGCUUUACAAGGGCAGUUACAGCAGCUUUUCCAUCUUCAUGAUGCUGGGGUUGAUCAAUCCUUCAUAGAUACCCUCCCUGUGUUUGUUUAUAAGGCCAUUAUAGGAGUUAAGAACCCAUUUGAUUGUGCGGUUUGUCUCUGCGAGUUUGAAGCAGAGGAUCAACUUAGAUUGCUUCCCAAAUGUAGCCAUGCCUUCCAUAUGGAAUGCAUAGAUACAUGGCUCCUCUCUCACUCAACUUGCCCUCUUUGUAGAGGGAGCUUGCUUCCUGAUCUCUCCUCAACCAAUAUCUGUACUUCACCCAUUGUAUUUGUUCUUGAAUCUGGGAGUGAGAGCUCCAGAGAGAUCGUUGCAGACAGAGAAACUGCUGCUCAGGGCUCCAAUAUUGCAGGUUCAGUUACAGGUGUCCUUCUGGAUUCUCAUGGUGAGGAUGAUAGUGACGUUUCUCAGAAAUCUUGUGAAAUUCCAGUGAAAGAGGAUCCAAAUCCGGCACCACCAGAGGUUUCGGAAGAGAGAGUUGUUCCUGUUAAGCUUGGGAAGUUUAUCAAUGUCGAUGGAGCCUCCAUUGAGGGAUGUAGCAGUAACAGCAAUGUAGAUGCAAGGAGGUGCUUUUCUAUGGGUUCCUUAGAGUAUGUAAUGGAUGAGAGCUCUUCAUUGCAGGUACCCAUUAGACCUCCAACCAAGAAGAAGAAUUCAACUAGGAAGCCCUCUCUGCAAUUGAUGCCUGGCCACAGGACUGCAAUGUCUGAAUGUGGUGGUCAUUCUUGUAGAGAAGAAUUCAAGGGAUUUGAGCCUAUGAAGGGUAGUAGUAGUCGUUUCCAUGGAGAAAGCAGUAUUAGAAUUGGAACUGAAACUGCAGUUGAAAGGAAUAAAAAAGAGAGCUUUUCUGUUUCAAAGAUCUGGCUUCGAUCGAAGAAGGAAAAACCAGCGACGAUGACAGCCGCAGAUUCAUCGAGGAGGGCUUUCUCCUUCCGAUUCCCAUUGAAUCGAGUUUCGUCGGAAGAUUUGAAGGCAAAGCAGAACAACAGUAGCAGUAGAAGGACUAUUUCCGAAAUCGAUGUUGCCAGAUGGGAGAGUGGAGGGAGUGAGUUGGGUUUAGAUGAAGAAACUGGUAGCUCUAUUAGUUUGGAUUCUCAAGCCAAAACGCCAUCUUUUGCAAGGAGGACACUGCUUUGGCUUGUGGGAAGACAGAACAAGGUGGUUCAUUCAUCAUCCUCUUCCCAAAUUGUCUGAAUCUUUUUUAGAUUUUUUAAUCUUUGGAUUUAUCAGUCUUGGAUUCCUGAGUUUUGAAGGGAAUGGUAGGAAUCAAACAUAGGAACAUUAGAGAAAUCAGAAAACAGAAAAUGAAAGAGAAGAUGUUCAUAGACUCUGAUAAAGUAUCUGCCCAACUUGGCUUCUCUAUUACAAUCUUAAUUAUCUGUAGUUGAUUGAUUCUUCUUUCCUCUAA